GGUAGUGGAGUUAGUUUUUCAGUGUAUGUGGACAGGGCCGUUUCAGCGCUCUGCGUCAUUUGGUGCCGUAGUGUCGCCAGCUAGUCUGCUCCCGCUUUCCCUAGUUAGUAUCGGACAGUUGCAGCUCUUGGAUAUCGCGGAAAAUACGCAAAAUGGGCAAAGACAAGGAAAAGGAUGCGGAAGCCGCUGCCGCCCCGCCACCGGGUCCGCCGGGACCUCCGAAGCCGCGCGAACCGCAAUACGGGCCCGAUGGCGAGCUGCUGGGCGGGCCCCAUACUAUGCAGCAGCAGGCAGCACAGCGGCGGCUGCAGCAGACACAAGCGCAAGUCGAUGAGGUGGUAGAUAUAAUGAAAACAAAUAUGGACAAAGUAUUGGAGAGGGAUCACUUGAUAUCGGAUCUAAGUGAAAGAGCUGAGGCUCUAGAGGAUGGUGCUUCGGCAUUCAAGAGCCAAGCGGCCAGUCUCAAGAACAAGUUCUGGCUAGAAAAUCUCAAGAUGAUGAUAAUAAUGGGAGUAAUCGGACUCAUAAUAAUAGGUAUUCUGUAUGUCCGGUACAGUGGAGGCGACACCCCGGCGGUGGUGCAGACGGCAGCAGCGCCAGCAGCGCCGGCCCCAGGUGCGCCAGCCGAGGGCACCCCACCCCCCGCACCCGCGGCUGGCAAAUAAUCCAAUCGGAGACCCGUGCUCAAGAACAUGUAGCCAAAACGUGCUGUUAAUUAAAAUGAACAGGAUACUGCGCCUAAUUAUUUAAUUAACAAAAUAAGCAGUACAGUCGGUAGACCCCAAAUAACAUCAUUUAAUUCCAGUCAAGUCUUAACUCGUGGACAUACUUUAAUAUUGUAUUUUCUUAACGAACAUUACCUAUUCAAAAUAUUUAGACUUUCCAAUACUAAGAAAUGCCUUAAAUUAGGUACAUUAAAUUACACAACGGAAAUGUGGCUUAGUAUGUGAAUUAUAUUUCAAAAUUAUCAAACUGAGACCGUCCAGUUUCGUCAAAAAUGUGAUAAAAACGACAAUAAUUAAUUGCGCACUGUUCAUUUAAGACCGCUUCCACAAUCGGUACGCAAACUGGAUGAGAACUAAGGUCAGGCUAAGCUAAAGCUCUGCAACGUGUUUGAUAGCAUAGAGUGUGCUAGUGUUCUUUUAAACGUUAACCUUUUGAACGCCACGCCUAUUGUACGCGGCGCGUAAUCGUGAACCUUGUCGGUACGCAUGAAGGUUGAUAUUGGGCUGUAGCCGCGCGCGUCAUUUGACGUCUUUGGCGAUGAAAAGGUUAAGCUUCUAUGAAAUUAUACCAUUUUAAAUAACACAUGCACACUAUGUGCUAUCAAACAUGCUGCAGAGUUAUCUUAGCCUGAAUAUAUUGCUACAUGAAUGAAGAACAUGAACGAAAGCUUGAUGUGACAGUGCACGUGCGCUGUGAGAACUUAAGGGGAUGAUAGACGCACGUCCUUUAAAAUGAAAUACCACAAGCUAUCCGCACCCACAGACUGCACUACAAAUAAAAUGGUGGCUCGCGAUUCACAGCAGUGACAAGCGUACGAUCCAAAGCUGGCUAAGAGCAAAAUUCCAAUAUGGUGGAUCGUUGACAAACUGGCUCGGUGGUUUUAAAGUACGCGUACUUAGAAUGACAUAUAGGUGAGAAAGGUCCUCGAGCUGUAGCUGUAAGUCCGCUAACUUAUUCGCCCGUCUAUCACCUUCUUAAACAGUACACAACUGCGAGUGCGCGGUAUCUACUCAUCAAAUGUAUCUGUAUGCAUUAUUAAAUUAUAAAACGGGACUUAAUCGCGUAUCAUUAAAUUAUAAAAUUUACCUCCAAUGUUUCGAGGACGGCGUUGUCCCCGUGGUCUUAGAGAAGACCACGACCGGGACCACGGAGAUAUCGCCGUCCUCGAAACAAUGGAGUUAAAUUUUAUAACUUCAUUAUACGGGAUUAAGUCCCGUUGUAUAAUUUAAUAAUUUGUGAAAAUUGUGCAAGUUUCAACCAAUGUAUCUGUACAUCUGUACGCAUUUCCGCUCGUAUAUUUUUGUUUAAAUUACGUAAAAAUUACGGAUCGUCCUGAAUUCAGCCCAAAACUAAGCGGUAAAAAGAAGAAACGUGUUUUAUAGACGAACCGUCUACAUUUGGAGUUUUCCUACUUAUUUCUUGUCAUCUCAAAUUCAUUUGCAAUUUUAGUUCUUAGUAAAAACUAGAACAAAACUCUAUUGAACAAAAAGAGUAGAAAACAUAAUAUAUAAAAUUAAUAAUGUAAAUUAUAAAAUUAAUAAAAUAUCUACACUAAGUACCUAUAUAUGUCAUUGGCGUGUUAAAUGCUUGAAAUUCUAAAAUGGAUGUGUAACUAGUGAGACAUGGGCUGUGUUUAAUAAAGAUGUGUAGUAAGUUAUAAAAAUAAUAGACUGUUUUCAGGCCCUUAGUUUUUUUUUAAGUUUCGGAUUGCUUUGACUUGUAUACCAGAAUGUUUCUUUUUAUAUGGAGUGAAUAUUUUACGUUAUAACUUAGUAGAAUUUUUAGUGUAGUUUAGUUGAAAAUAGUUAUCUUAUUAGAAUUAUGAAGCCCAUAGAUAUAUAUUUACCGAGUAUACAUAUUAAUACAGUUAUUGGUUUUCAUUUGUCA